AGGUGUUCUAAUCGCUGGAGAAAAAGUUUCACGGAAAAAAUGAUCCUCCUCCCCAAAAUAGAAUGAAAAGUAGAGAUAAAUCAACCGAGAAAGAGGACAUGUGAUUUGGAGACGCGUUGUCAAGGUGGAAUAUAUUUAUGCAGGUCGCAGAAACGAGACUGGAAAAAUAUCAGCACAACUGUGAUGAAUUGGAGGUGCAACACAAUGACUUCCCCUCUCAGUACUUUACUGUCGAGAAGGACAUGGGGCUCUACGUGAAGUGCUUACUGGCCCGGAAGGAGGAUGAGCUCACAGACCUGUCAGAGCAACUGGGGGGACUGCAGCAGGCCAAGGAGUCCUUUGAGCUGCAGCUCAGUCAACUCCGCCAAGAGUUGCAGGAGAACAAGGACAAGCUCACCUUUUGAGAACAUGGUUCUUGCGGGUAAGCUGGGAGCUCCGGAGGAAUCCCUUGUGCAGAAGAAGGAGCUGAUGGCUCACCUGGAGGAGCAGCUCAGGAAGUAGAGACAGGAGCAUCACACAGUCAACUACAGCCUAGAGAGGAAGGCCGUGCUGGACAGCGACAGGUCAAUGCCAUAUGUACACAGAGUGUACAAAACAUUAAGAACACUUGCUCUUUCCAUGACAGACUGACCGGGUGAAUCCAGGUGAAAGGCAUGAUCCCUUAUUGAUGUAAUUUGUUAUAUCCACUUCAAUCAGUGUAGAUGAAGGGGAGGAGACCGGUUAAAGAAGGAUUGCUAAGCCUUGAGACAAUUCAGACAUGGAUUGUGUAUGUGUGCUAUUCGGAGGGUGGAUGGGCAAGACAAAAAAUCCAAGUGUAUCCCAAAUUCGGUCCUUAUACCGUGUUGUACACCCAACUACAACCACAUCCUGUCCAAGAUGGAACCACUCUCCAAGAGCACCUGCCUUCAACUUCAUAGCCUCUUUGUUCAUCUGGAAACCCCCACUGCCCUAGAAGAGGACGAGUCCAUCCAAACCCUCUGGUCCAGAGUGCCUGGCUCCUCUGCUGGGUGACCCUUCCAGAGGUAGCCUGUUUACCCCCCACAGACCCACCCCAAUCAGGGGUAGCCCCACUGAACCCAUCAUCAGAGAGGCAGGACUGGGCUUCAAACCCCUUUAAUGGGACAUUUCCAUCAGAAAAUAAAUGGUGCUACUUGGUUAUGCAAAAAAAUAUUGUCACUUAUACAUUUUAUUUUUCAGCCACUAGGUGGCAGCAACUAUACUUAGAAUAUGUCCUACUGAGUCCGACAAAGAUCAGCCACUAGAAAGUUUUCUUGAGAAAGCAAUCAAAAGCUCUGUUAUUUUGUGUUAUUCGUUUUUUAAAGACUGUAUCCAAAACAUAAACAUCAGAAAUGUAUACUCAAACGAUUAAGGCAUACUGUAGCACAGCCAUUGUCCACAUACUAAAUCCAAUACAGUGGGAUAAAAAAGUAUUUUGUCAGCCACCAAUUGUGCAAGUUCUCCCACUUAAAAAGAUGAGAGAGGCCUGUAAUUUUCAUCAUAGGUACACUUCAACUAUGACAGACAAAAAUGAUUUUAAAAAUCCAGAAAAUCACAUUGUAGGAUUUUUUAUGAAUUUAUUUGCAAAUUAUGGUGGAAAAUAAGUAUUUGGUCACCUACAAACAAACAAGAUUUCUGGCUCUCACAGACCUGUAACUUCUUCUUUAAGAGGCUCCUCUGUCCUCCACUCGUUUCCUGUAUUAAUGGCACCUGUUUGAACUUGUUAUCAGUAUAAAAGACACCUGUCCACAACCUCAAAUAGCCACACUCCAAACUCCACUAUGGCCAAGACCAAAGAGCUGUCAAAGGACACCAGAAACAAAAUUGUAGACCUGCACCAGGCCUGUCAUGCUUCAAUUCUGUACGUGUUCAGUAUUGAUGAUACUUGUAUGAUGCAUGAGUUCAGUGCAGAUAUUGAUUGAAUGGACCAGGUGACUCAGUCUUUACUCCUCAAUUGAAAAUGUUCCAAUGAUCAAUGCGUUAGGGUAAGAACAUGGUGCUUGUAGCCUUAGGGUUGCGAGUUCAAAUCUCAUUGACCGCUUAUGCUGAAUAUAGGCCUAUGUGUCAUUAACCAGCUUUUCAUCCAACCAUUUCAUGAAGAUGAAUUACCUGACGCAUGACAAUAUAUUGAUAUUGAUAUAAUAACCAUCAUAACGAAGUAAACUUGGAGUCAACUCAAUGAUAUGUUGUGUGGUCCAACCACUACAAAUCGAGAAAGCGUGAAGAUUAUUAGCCUACAAAUAAAUUAUAAUGAACUUCACAGGCUGGUAAAAGUGCACAAUGAACUUGAUGCACAUUUCCAAUAACUGUCGAGGGUUUUAUUCUGGUGACAUGACAAAUAAAAAUAAUCUCGCUCUUUUGUCAAUCAUAAUUCACAAUACGUCAUCAGAAGUGUCCACUUAAUUUGAGGACUGAGGGGAUAGGGUUUAUCUUUGAAGUGUUUGGAAAGCAACCUGUAUGUGCACUCCAGCCAACAAUGCGCAGCUGCGUGCUACUUGGCUACUAUAUAACAUUUUUUUUUUAUGUAAGAAAACCAUCAGUGGAGUUGAAAAUGUGAUGGAAACCCAUUUAACUUGCAUUUUUUUAUUCAGUACAUGGGAAUUUAACUGCAAAAGGUAUUUUUAUGUGAACUACGUCAUCACGCACAGCCUUUAUUUCUGUAACAAGUCAAUUUGAUUCAAACACAUUUCUGAUGUAAAAUGUGCCUAUUAUUUUUAUGCAGAUUUGAGAAUAUUUGCAUAAAAAUCUGUCGCCAAUUGGAUGAUAACCUAGCUACUGUAAAUGUUGCCAUUACGGUACUUUACUUUUGAUAAAAGUGCCCAUAAUGAUAGGAUUACGAUAUUGUUGUCAGCUGAACAGCAGUGAUGCAUCCAUCUUCUCUCCCUCCCUACAGUAGCAGCAGGUAGUUCCUCUUAAUCUUGACCUUGAAUGCCCAUGAAGCAGCAGAGACAUUGUGAACAUGCAGAAACUCAUCAAAUAUUUAUACCCAGAUCUAAUUCAGGACUUCAUGUGAUUUUCCUUGGCUUUGGGGCCAGGGUCUGUGUUCCUAGAAAAUAUUGAAUCUGUUCUUUAAAGGUUCCCAGAAUGUUUCAUUUGGUUGUGGAAACAGUCCGAUGAGAACCUUGUGAGGACAUCGCAAAAGAUAUGUUCCUAAAACACAAAAACUGUCCAGUUGUGCGGAUGAUUAUACCAUUUCUUUUAGGGUGCAAAACCAUUCACCUGAUGUUACAAGAACGUUCCCAGAACACAUUUUAAUCUUCUCUUUGAAGGUUCCCAGAAUGUUUCAUAAGUAGUGGGAACAUUGUGGGGAUAUGACAAGAGAUAGGUUCCCAAAACACUAGAACUGUCCAGUUGUGCUGACAUUGAUAUUGUUUGUAUCAGUUCUUUAAAGGUUCCCAGAACAUUUAGUUAGAUUGUGGGAACAGUGUGGAUACAUUAGAAAAGAGAGGUUCCCAAAACACAAAAUAUACUCAAUUGUGAUGACAUUCAUACAAUGUUCAAGUUAGAUUGCACAGGACGUUCCUAUAAUGUUGUAAGACUGUUGGAAAAACACCUGGUCUAAGUUCUUUAAAGGUUACAAGAACAUUUAAUUAAGUUAUGUGAGUUGUCUGGGAUGCAAAAAUAUUGUUCUGGUGAUGUGGGGAAGCAGGUAGCCUAGUCGUUAAUGACGCUUAAUUAAGAGAUGUGAAUGACAUUUGAGAGCAAAGCCAUUUAAGUAGGAAAUGCGUAAACAUACAUUUUGCAUACAUACUGAACUCUCUAGGGCAAAGAAGGCAUCCAUGACCUAUAAAGUCAAAUAUAAUUGUGUUAAUAUAUUUGAUAUAAGGUUACAGCAGACCUGUAGUAUUUCGAAACAUCAAUAGCAUUUUUGCGCAGGUCUGCUCAAUAGUUUACCACAAGUCAUCUGUAAAGAGAACAUUACCUCAUCCGGUACUUGGUUGGGCCCAUUAAGGGCCUGAAAGCUGUUAAAAUAGAGAUUGUGUGCCCCGAAUUUCCCGACGAGGCUGCCAGGCACAGACACCCCCAUGAACUACGGGAAUUCUGUUUGAAAGGGGUAUACAGUAGUUAGUUAUUUCCCACAGCAGAACAUCAUUAUUAGAUUAUGAUUUGUCUCUACAGUACCUGAUGAACACAAAUUAUUAGAGGCAUAUUCAUUCAAUAAGAGCGGACAUGAAAAAAGGGAAAUAACAUCAUCUCUGCCCCAUUUGAACUGUUUGUCCAGUGCGCACAUACUACUCACCUGUUACACCUAUUUAGGGCAGCAGAUAAUCUCGCAGUUAAAGCGUAGGGCCAACAAGGUGAACAAUCGGUUCCCUUGAGCAAUGCAUUUAACCCUAAUUGCUCCAAGGGGGAUUUAACGAGAAUGGGAUAUGCAAAAUACAUUUCCAAUUCAUACAUGUGUUGAAAAUGCAUAAUACACACGUGUACAUGUCUGAAAUUGGACAAAUAUAAGCAUGCAUCAAAUUAGUAUUAAUAUUACCAUGCCAAACAGAAUACCAUCUUUAACCAUGUGAAACAAACAGGUCUUUCUAAUGGCUAAUGAUUAAAAAAGGCUGCACAUUGUCCUCCAAUUCCAUCAUCACCUUUGUAGGCAACCACCACCGCCACAUGGAUCGACAACGGCCUAAUCUCAGAUUUGCCUGUUCUUUAGAUCCAGCAUCAUUUCAGGAAUAAAAUUGGUUGUAUCUACUAUGCAGAACCAUCCAUAACCUGUUUUUUUUUGUAAUGGACAAAUACAUAAUGAAUACAGAAGGAUAAUUGUCAUUCUACACUACUCAA